AUGCCUAUUAGACCUUUAGCAGAGUAUGUGAGAGGCUCGGAGACCCGGCUACCCAUGAGAUACUCGGGUAGAACAAAAUUACCUAGAUAUCCGGGUACCAUACGAGAUAAUUAUGGCUAGAGUUAUUACUAUUUGACUCAUUGAAUCUGAUAUAUCGAAUAAUUCAUGUUUUUGUGACAAAUAAUAAUGAAGCAAAUUGUAAUUGUUAUAUUAACGUCCGCUAGAUGGUAGAUUCUUCACCAUCCACUAUGGUGGAGAAAAAAUAUAUCUCAAAUGAGUAAAUCUAACGUGCUAAAAAAUAUCUAUGUACAUCAGUAUGUUAAAUAUUUGUCAGUUUUGAUCCAGUAUUUUCUAUAAUUGAAAAUAUUGUUAGUUCGAGGCGGACAUGUCUACUAGAAAAAAAAGACUUCUUAGUAUUUGUAUACAAAAACUAAUUUAAAGUAAUUACUUUGCUGUUUUAUUAUUUAUUGCUGAAACAUAAAUUAUAAUGUUGACUUUUGAGUGAUACUUUUGUAACAUGAGUAGAAAUAAUAGAUAUGUAGUCUCAACUCUCUUGUGCACCUGGAUGACAAGACAAUAAUUUUUGUUUAUUCAGGUAUCUCAUGAAUCACAACUCUAAUAUUUGUGUAUAACAAAAGGAAACUAUAUUUGUAUUAGUGUCACAGCAUUAUAUUUAGUCAAUACAUUAUAUUUUAUUUUAUAUAUAUUAUAUUGAGAACUGUCAUGUCCUGCAGUUAAAAAUUUUGUACUAACACCAGAAAGUAUUUAAUGCUUUAAUUUAUUUUUAUAAUUAAAAAAUCGCGAUUGGAAAGAAACUAUACUAAUAUUUCAAUGUUUUGUUUUAAAUGUAGCAUCGAAGCAGCAAGUAUGUACGAGUGAUAUUUUUUUUGAAAAAGAUGGAAGGCAAGAAGUUAACGUCUUUUGUAUAUUACUUUUAUUAUCGAUUAGCGAGGUCAAACAUUACAGUACUGAGUUUAUAUGGGUCGGUUGACUUUGUGAAUGAUUGGAAAGACGACGAAAGUAUUAGAAGGGAACCAUGACGAAUUCGGUACCGAAAUUGAAGAAUAAAGUAGAUCGGCAGGGUUCGCCGAAUGUCGGCGUAGAACGAUAUCAUCACCGUUCGAGUGCAAUCAAAUCGUCGACGUUUUUCUACAAUGGUGGAAGAUCCCAUGGUAAAAGUUCAACCGGCAGAUUAAGCUGCAGCCCGCACAAUUCGUCGAAGGGCGCGAGAAACUCGCCAUUGCGCUGCGAUUCACCGUUGCGUUACUCGCGCGGCAGUCCAACAAACAGUUUCUAUGCGGGUGCAAAGUUUUCCGAACCGCCAUCUCCUGCGAGCCUUCCGAAACCACCGAGCCACUGGACUACCAGACUGAUGAGCAGUUGUCAACAAUCCGACAGGAGUUGCGAUAUUUCAAAUCAUCUGAAGAUGAUAUUAAACGUCCAAGCCUGAUACCUAAAGACCAACAAACCGACGCAAACGGUAACCAGCUCCUAAAGAAAAAGAAAAAAAAAAGCAAAGAGACAGGUACGAUAUUAUCGUUCCCCCUCAUUCUUGGAUCUAAGGAUGUAUUUUUUUUCUCUUGUAUGCGAUAUCAAGCUGUUCGUUUGAAAAGAAAAGGAAAACAGAAGUGUUUAUAACUGCGCGAUAAUACAAUCUCUUAAGAACGAUACAACACAAUAUUGCAACUAAAACACGGGGCACCAGCGUCUUCAGUUUUUCAGUAGAUGGAAGAGAGAGAGAGAGAGAGA